AAUAAUUCCUUCCGUAAAUCACAUUAUUUACCGUUAAAUGGAAUCACAGUCUGUUCCUGGGAUCCUGUUGCCGCACCACGAGCAGCAGGAGCUGUGCAGCACGCGGCUGCCGUACCGCCAGGGCCGCAAACUCACCGCUGUAAAGACAUACACAAUCAAUGAUGAAUCCCGCCAUAUCCUUGUAUUUGGUGUACCGUCCCUGAACUUGAGGCAAGAGACCAAAGCCCUUUUCAGCAAAUUCGGUAAAGUGUUACAAGUUAACCUCAGUAUGGAACACAAAAGUGAAAUAUUCACAGAGACCUACCAUGUUGUCUAUGAAAAGAUAUCUCACGCAAGAAUAGCGAAGAAAAUGCUUGAUACUAAAAGCUUUUACGGAGGAGUUUUACAUGUUUGCUAUGCACCGGAAUAUGAAACCAUAGGCGAUACGAGAACUAAGCUGAUGCUCAGAAGAAGAGAUGUUCUAUUGAGACUGAAGAACUUGGAAAAAGAAGAAACUACAAAGGGUGAGGUUAAAAAAACAGAUGAGAAUCCUGUUAAAACAGUUGAAGAAACAGUUAAAAUGAAUAUGGGAGAAUUCAAUGUAAUUGGUGUUAGUAGGCAAAUAAGAGAUGUAGUUUUUGAUAAGAAUCUGAAAAGAAAAAUACAUAAACGUAAUGAAGAAGUGGUAAGAAAACAAUAUAAACCGUGCUUCAUUGAAAAAGGGCCUAUGAUACAAAGCACAUCCAAUGUUGAAAUUGUAGAUAUCACAUCAACCAAACAAGAAAUAGUAACAAAUGUAGAUAUUGAUAAAACACUAAAUUAUAACACUUUUGGUAAAGAACUUAUUAAAAAAUUACCAGAGAAACCUAUGAAUAGUAUUCAAUAUCAUACAGUAAAUAAAAAGAGUUGAGAUA